AUGUUCUUGGGGGAGGAAAUAAUUUGCAAACUAUCAACUUUCCAGCUUCAAUCGCUUAUUAUUGAUGCCUUCCAUGAUAAAGGAUUUCAGAAAAUAAAAGACUAUUUUCAAGAGGGAGCAAGCCACAGUCCUCAAAAAUACAAUCAUCUUGUAUUCUACCAUCUUCAUAGGUCAAUAACUAAGGAACUGGAUAAAAAGGAAUUUCAGUAUGUUUCGCUGUUGCUGAAAUGUAUUCAGCGAUUCUGCAUUGAUGGUGUCAAAGAAGAUGAGCCUUUGCUAAUUCAGCAGGGACUGAUCCCAAAGAUGGUUUCCUGGUUUGAAAGAACAAUAGAAUUUCUGACCAUGGCAGAUCCAGUGUCUGACCCAUCCCUGAUUAAUGUGAUAGAAGACUUCUUUGACACAGCCUUGGUUAUUUCCAGAAGUAGUAGUAAAGGAAAAAUUCAGAUGCUGAGUUCCUUCAUAUUUACCUUAGGAUUUCUGGUGACAGAAAAGACUGUAAGUCAUUUGAUUCAACAGGAGGCUCUGAAGACUUUGAACUCCAUUUUGCAUGCUGUACCUCGGAAAGAGAGAAAACAACUCCCCUUGUUGGAAGGCCCAUGUCGUCUUAUGAAAGACCUUGCAAGGACAAUCUUGACUGUGGGUGAUUAUGACCAGCAGGUUGCUCUUUCUGAAGCAUUGUGUAGACUGACUUUGAAAAAAUCCAGGGGGGACCUUGUCCAUCAGUGGUUUGAAGAUGACAUCAUUGCUGAAGCUUUCAAAGAAAUUAAGGAUCGAGAAUUUGAGACGGAUAGUAGACGAUUUCUCAAUCACCUAAACGACAGACUUGGUGAUGAAAGAAGGGUCUAUUCCUUCCCGUGUAUUGCUGCUUUUGCUGAUGGGCACGAGAUGAGAAAACCAAAUGAUGAAAAACUAGAGAAAUUUUGGAUUGAUUUCAACCUCGGAAGUCAGAGUGUAACUUUUUAUAUAGACAAUACUAAGAGUGCUCUGUGGGACUCAGUAAGAAUUUUGAAGGAAGCAGUGAUUCAUUUCAGCAUAAUAGAAACUGGAAAUGUGAAGAUGCUUAUCAUUUACCUGAAGAAGCCUUUGAAUAUCAGCAACAAAGAAGUGAUGAAAAUAGAAAUCCAUUUUGAUUUGCAAUUCAACAUCUCACAAGCUUCUAUCAAAGCUUUAGGAGAAGACAAACAGAUGUUGCCUGACCAGAAAAGAAGCUCCUCUGAACUUUCUGGUAAAUUUGAGAAAGCAGACACUGACAUUCCUAGCAGUCAUGAAAGAGAGACAGACCAGACAGAAGAAUCCACUAAGCUGGCAGAGUUAAUGAGUGCUGGAGAUGACCACUGCCCAACAGCUCUCCCCGUAAAUGAUCAGUCUAAUGAGCCUGUCUUCAAUUACAGGAAACACCUCUUCUCAGAGAGUGAUCAGGAUUCGAGUACUGGGACCAGUGAACGAUCUUGGACCAGUAACCAAAAAAGGAAAUCCCUAAGACCGUAUUCCGGGAGAAAAAAGACGAGAAUUAGAAGUAGUGUGAGAAUUUUGCCAUUUUCCCCUCCCAGCAGCGGCAGUGACCGUGAGAAGGACGAAGCUAAACUUCUAAUACCGCUAUGGAAAGAUACCUCCAACCAAAAUAAUUCCAUACCUCCAAAAAUUUCUGGAACAAAAUUUCAGAGUGGUUCUGCCCUUUUAACUCCUGAAGAUUCUGCCCAGAAAGCAGAACUUCAAAGUCCCCACCCACUGAGCGAUCUGUCUUCCUUGGAGCACUCAGAAGUUGAAGAAAAUGUAUCUAAGACGGUGGAUCAAGAAUCGUUGACGAAAAGUACUGGGUUCAAACAUAAGCUGCAAAACUUGGAAGACAGAGACCUAUCAGGAGGCAGUUUCGCUAAGUCCAAACAAUCAAAACUGGAAGAAGGCGAUGCUCCGGAAUCCCCCUCCUCGGUGACGGAAGAAACGGGCUUAGCAGAAGGCAUUUCCACUCCGUCCCCAGCAGUUGCGCCGGAGAACUCAGACGGUUCUGCUAUUAUCGCAACCCUCGAAACCUUCACUAGAGACCUGAGAAGAAAAAUUGAGCUUAGGUACAAAGGGAGUCCGCUUGAUUCAAAAAAUGCAAAGCAAGCACCAGAUUGCUUAAUCCAACUUUUAAACCAGAUACACCAAUGCAGACUGAAUAAACUAGAGAAGUUUCACAGUUUUGUCCUUCAAGAGCUGAGCAAUCUUGAGAAGGAUAUUCAGGCUCUGAAACACCUUGAGAAGGAUGCCCUGGAAUUUUGGGGGAAACAGUCUGAUGCCCUGAAAUCAUUCUGUGAUCUGCAAGUGCUGAGCGUGUCUAGGGCUGGCGUGGGCUUGUGGACCCUGGGUUCGCUGAGGUCACAAGCCCACCGAAACAACCAGACCUGCUCGCCAUGGUGGCUGGACUCUGUUCCAGUCCAAGUUCCCAAGCAUUUGCCCAGCUGA